AUGCCAAAGGUGGAGAGAACCAAUGCGCUUACCACUAUGGAGGAUGAUAAGCAGCACAGCCAGCGCGCUUUGUCAAAGCUGACAAAGAAGGUGCCAUCCAAUUCCGGUCCACUAUCAUCAUCCGAUACCUCCACCCGUGUUCGCAGUCCUCUACUCCAGGAAGUGAAGUUCCGGGCUAACCCAGAGACGACGUUCGAUUCUCUCCUUGCGCCACACAAAUCUGGGAAGGGUGAGGUAUUGAAGGAUUCAAAAUAUGCACAGAAGGUCAAGACACCAAAGGCGAGCCCAAACCUAAACGCGAAGACUAAGAGGUUGACAAAGAUGCCCUCGAUACCGUUGCUGCUGAGGCGUGGUAGUAGAACCGAAGAAUCGCCUCUCACCUCCCUAAUCAAGGAUCUAAGAAGGCAUGAGUGGCAGGUUCUCAGUCUAUCAAGCACUCUCGAGAAAGAGCGUGUAGAUCACAAGAAGCAUUUCGAUGACCUCAAAGCAGCUCAUGCAAAGGACAUCGCGAUCGUCAACGAGAAUCACGCUCGGCAGCUCAUGGAGAUCAACAUGAGACACAAAGAAGAUAUCACACGCGUCAAGAUGUGGUGUGAGGUGAAUCAACCGAGGCCAAAUGAGCUAGCCCGGAUUCUCGAAAGGCAGCGAAGGUCAGCACUACAAGCUGAGUUGCGGUUAAUGAAGGAAGAGGCAGAAUCGCGCGAUCUGUGGAAUGAGACCAGGGUUCAGAAGCUGAAUCGUGAGAGUGAUGAGGUCGAGAAUCGAUUGGCAAAGUUGCAGAGGCAAUGGGAUGAUAUAGUGGCUUGGUUCUCCGGCUAG